AUGGCCUUUUCUUUAGAAUACAACACCUUCAACGGCAUACUCAAACCAGACCUCCCCUACAUCAAGGGCUACGAAUUCUCAGCGACCGAGCAUUUCCCUCCCGAACCCCAGAUCAACCACUUCUUCAGCCUUACUCCAGACGAAGCUGCCAAGAGAAUAACCACAGAUGUCCUGACACGCUCUCUCUCACGGAAACCGAUACUUGGUCAGCUCGGCUCCCGAUGUCUACGUCUGGAAAUACGCAUGGCUAUUCGCGUCGGUGAUGAAAUCACUUCGCAGAUAAUCUUAGUGGACGUCAUCUCGGGCCACCUUUCCAAUACCCCCGUUGUUGCAAAACUAUAUGAUCCUCUGUAUCAUGAUCAUUCCGAUAACUAUGUGGAUCCGUUCCUUUUCGUUGACGUCGAAUAUGCCCGGGAAAGUGCUGCUUAUCGGUAUCUACAGAGCCAAGGACAAAAGAACAUUCCCGAAUACUAUGGCUCUUACUCUACCGAAAUCGGCCACUCUGAUCAGUUUCGCACGGUGCGAUUGAUACUCAUCGAACACGUCAUUGGAUCUCCCAUGACUAGUCUACGUGCGAAGGACUUCCCCGAUCACGUCCAGAAAACCUUCAUGAAGCAAAUCGUCGAUAUCGAGUCCCAACUUUAUAAAAUCAAUCUGGAACAUGGCGAUACGCAUCCACGGAACGUCGUUAUUGACCCAUCAGAACCACGCGUCACAUUCAUCGAUUUCGGACACGCACUUAUCGGUCGGUCUUCUGAUCCGCAAGACGAAGACCUAGAAAGACAAUCUCUCCCUGGGAUGUAUAUCAGUCCUCUUCUGAGGUGGUUUAAAACUCGGCGUAGGCUACCUAUUUCUCGCUUCGAGGAGUGGAUAACCUGGGACUGGAAUGAGUGGCUAUUUGACACUUAUUCAUCGGAUAAGGAAAAUAUGACACUUGAAAUGGCACAGAGGUGGCUUCCAGCCGGGGUGCGCCAGCAGUUCCUGAGUAUUGGUGAUGGUCCUAGUUAAUAUUGGAGGAUGUUUGUUCUAUUCCAUUUCUAUUACUUCGGAUCACGUUGUCUUGAACGUAACUUUGCACACCAUUACCUUCCUUUGUCAUUUACCAUGAGAUUCUCCGGGAGUAGAAUAUUUGUUGUUCGCUGAUUUUGUAGAAGAUUUCGAUGCG